CUCCGUCAACCUUGUCCACCUUGUAUCUCUACCCUAUCAAGAGUUAUCUGUUUUACCGCGGUUUGGUGGUUUUCAAUUGACCUGUGACCUUUUUGAAAAUACUGGUCAGUCAGCCAUUUUAGUCUUUGUUGGAAAGAUGUGUUUUUACCAGUGGUCAGAAAAUGUAUUUCCAGUGUAUCAAGUAACAGUCACUGGUGAGAAUGAAGCCUGUUUGAGAAUUGUACAGUUACAGAGCAUUCAUCCCUUAGAUGGUAAGUUACAAGAUGUGUUAUGUGUAACUCUAUGUGUAACUAGAUGUAUAACUAAAUGUGUUGUAUAUGUAUCUAUAUGUGUUUAUAAGUAUUGUUUACGUUAUAGGACAAAUAGGUUAUUUGGCCACUAGACGCGUUUGUUGAUAUGUUCUAAAUGCGAAUGUACGGUACUUACGAGAAUAUAUGUAUUAUGUAUUGUGUAUUGCUUUUAAUAUGAUUGACCAUGUAUUGAAUAUCUUUUAACCUUUGCUUUCAGAAUGUGUUGCUGUACUACUUAAGUAAACGGUUGAAUAAAUUGGAUAUAGCAGAGUUUGACCUAGUCGUAUACAUUUUAUCAUAUUAGAUCUAUUAGUAGAUCUACCAUCCAGUUACACAAGUCGACUCUUAAUCGAACUCAUAGACCCUAAGGGGUUCGGACUAUUAUUAUUAUUAAUAUAGCGCCGAUACCACCCCCGUAACAUCUGGCGCCCAACAUGAUUUCUUGUGAACAACCGUUAGUGUUUCAAUCAGAAGAUCAGAGACUAGUGUAUUUCAAACGUUCAAAUCAGGACAUCAGGGACUAGUGACUAGUACUUUAUUUCAAUCGUGUGAUAUCACAUGUCACAGUGAAUUUAAUUUAUACAUGUGGAUUAUACAAUCAGAACAUUCAUUCGCCGGAUUACAAAUCGUUAGGAUUCAAUACAGUGAAUCCAUGUGUUAAUACGUAUAAACUGGAAUUGAUACUAGUGGAAUCAACCCACAUAAAGGCUGGAUAUCUUAAUUCAGACGUCAACGGAGUACGUACACGGGAACACUGAGGACAGCAAAUUUUCGGGAGGAGGCAAGAAGACAGUACAUAGACUUAUAAGUUUUAUCAUAAAAUUACAGAAGAUAAGACAGUGCAUAAACUUCCAAGUGGCACUUUCGACAGUGCAUAAACUUUCAAGUGACUUUUAUAGUUAGAAGACAGUGCAUGGACUUAUAUGUUACACUUUUAUAGUAAAACGCUAGAAGAUAAAGACUUAUUUGAAUUAGUGAAAAGUGCUAACUUACAAAUUGACACAGUGUUUGACACAAUUACAAAUAACACUAUCAGUGCUAGUGGCCUGUCAGGUUCUAUGUUGUUACAGUACAGUAUAAAUACAGUCAACAGAAUUAUCAAGUAACAGUCAUUGGUGAGAAUGAAGCUUGUUUCAGAAUUGUACAGUUACAAAGCAUUCAUCCCUUAGAUGCAUCCACGAUUUAAAAGAAAACGUAACCAAACUGUGGCACAAAGUAUCUCGGCCAAGUUCAAGAUAACCUCAGAAGUUUGAAACAUUUCUAAAAAAAACAGGAGGAUGAAUUUGAAACCUGUAGCCUCAAGUUAUUGAAAAGCCGAAAUCAUCCGGACCUGUAUAAAGCAGACGACUUGUGCGGCACAGUGCUCAAAUAAACUGCCUGUCGCGUUUCUGUAUACAUUUUAAAGAAGUAAAAUCAUUGUAUUUAUUGCUUCGGUGUCUCGGCAUGGCACUAGAUGAUUCCAGACACAGUCUACUGCCGUCUAACAAUAAAAAGUUUCAGAACGAGGAAAUCGCUGUCACAAAUCGUGGUUAUGUCUCGGACAAAAAUGAUCAGGGAGAUAUUGUAUUAAGCGACGGUAGAAAAGAGACAAGAACUCCGUACCAGGAUGACGCAGACGUAAAAGUGUCACAUGAGGAAGAAAAUCAUUGGAAAAUCACAAAUGAUUAUGUCAAGGGUGUUCCUUGGUCAGAAUUACCAAUAUGCGGAAAAUUCAAACGCGUACUGUGGGGUUAUUUUGGAAAGUUGGUUGUACUCAUAGGCUUACUAUACCUCUUUAUAUGUUCCUUGGACUUUCUAAGCAAUGCGUUUAAACUUAUUGGUGGUAAAGCUGCCGGAUCAGCAUUUGCAGAAAGUCAAGUUCUUUCAAACCCGGUGGCUGGCCUCAUGAUUGGAAUACUAGCAACUGCCUUACUGCAGUCGUCGUCAGCCACAACGUCCAUCGUAGUCAGCAUGGUUGCUGCAAGAAUUAUUCCGGAAUCAGAGGUACCAAAUGUCAUACCAGUGGUGAUGGGAGCUAAUAUCGGAACAUCAGUGACAGAUACGUUAGUUUCAAUUACUCAGAUAGCCAACAAGAAUGACUUCCGGCGGGCGUUUGCUGGUGCCACCGUUUACGACAUGUUUAACUGGCUUACCGUUAUCAUUCUUCUGCCUGUAGAAGCAUUGACUGGGUACCUUUUCCGUUUGUCAAAAUUGAUAACAAACAGAUUGAACUUACAGACAAAAACGGCGGCCAAUCUAGAAUUCCUAAAAAAGCUGACACAGCCAUUUACAAAUCUUAUUAUCCAGGUAGACAAGAAGGUCAUGAAUAAAUCAAUGAUAAAGCAUUGUUGUGGAAAUACUUCAGAAAACUGGAAUACGUCCGGACACCGGAAUUAUUCAUACACGGCCACCGAGCGUGUGUGUCAGAAAUGUAAAUUCCUUUUUGAGGGUGUGUCAUGGAGUGAUACAACAAUUGGUAUAGUCUUACUGGUCAUCGCCUUGGUAAUGCUGUGUGUUUGCCUUGUUCUCAUUGUAAAAAUCCUUCAUUCCUUUUUGAAGGGUAAAAUAACCUCGUGGCUUAAAAUGUUUGUCAAUGCCGACUUUCCGGGUAAUUUUGCCUAUUUCACAGGAUACCUAGCUAUUUUGGUAGGCAUGGGACUUACUAUUCUCGUACAGUCUAGUUCUGUAUUUACAUCGGCUUUAACGGCAUUGGUUGGAAUUAGAGUCAUAUCGGUUGACAGAAUGUACCCAUUGACCCUUGGAGCUAACAUAGGCACAACUACAACAGCCCUGUUAGCUGCCCUUGCACAAAGUGCAGAAGAUAUUCCAUUAGCUUUACAAAUAUCGCUGUGUCAUUUAUUAUUCAAUAUUUCGGGCAUGCUUUUGUUUUUUCCUAUACCUUACCUUCGGUUUCCGAUACGAAUGGCAAAGGCUCUUGGAAAUGUGACCGCAGAAUAUCGGUGGUUUCCGAUAGCCUAUUUAUUAUUUGGAUUUUUCUUACUUCCGGGUGCGGUUUUAGGGUUAUCCCUUAUCAGCUGGGAAGUAAUGGCUGCGGUGUGCAGUCCGAUUGCGUUUCUCUUAGUUGUUAUAGUUGCAAUUAAUAUUUUACAAAAUAAAGCACCAACAUGCCUUCCAAAUGUUUUAAGAACAUGGGCAUUUUUGCCAGAGCCAUUGCGUUCAUUAAAGCCAAUAGAUCGUCAGUUACAAAAACUGAAAAUAUUUUGUAAUUGCUGCUGUCGGAGCAAGGAGGCUAAUACUGAAACGAAUGUGACGGGAAAGGACAGAGCUGAAUAUACAAAAUUUUAGUGAUACAUGUUUACAUAUUGCAGUGAAGAUGAUGAAUGUAGCUGUAGCUUGGCAUCCAUUUUCUAGAGUUCAGGAGUAUAUCUCGCUCCCAUUUUCCAAGACAAUUUUGAAAUUCUACAUACUUUUGCAGUUUUCUUGAUUAUAUAUUAUUCACAACAACUGUAUUUUCGACGUUUUCUGGAAAAUUAGGUAAACUGUUUUGCAAUGUAAAUUAUCUUUUGUAAAACAAUUAUUUAAACCUAUUAUUGUUGUUUUCAUAGGAACCACGAUUUCAGUUAGAGCUUGUAUUGUGUAUAUAUUUCUUUGCCAUAGUGUAUCAUAUAUCAAAUAUUAUGCUUAAUUUUACAUUCAUCCAAUACAAUGUUUAAACAUUAAAGACCUACCACGACUUAGUGACCUACUUCCCCUUCCCCCCCCCCCCCCCCCCCCCCCGCCAUACACACAAAAACUUCAUGAAAAUCAUUCUUAUAAUACAGGUACUUCGGGUGGAAAAUGUAGGCCCUACCUGAAUAAAUGUGUUUUCACAACUUUAUCUGCAAACUUGUUCUGCCAAUCUCUUGCAUUAAAAUGUUAAGAUAUUCUUGCCUACCUAGCAGGGAAAGUUUACAUUAAUCCGAGCACGCGCCGGGGAUAGAUAUUCCUGUCUUUCCCUAGGGAAAAGCCUUGUCUAAAAUAGCGUGCACUAAGGUGACGUCCCGUAGUACUGGUACCAUUGUGACGUUUAUAAAUAAUGUCAGGAAAUACCCAAACAUAUUUGUCUCCACGAUCUUUUUUGAACAUGAUAGGCAAGAAAAAUUAUCUAACAUGUCUGCCUGUGUAAGACAGCUGUUUUCCCUACCCUCGGGACAGCACGGAUAAAAAACCUCGCUAACGCUCGGUUUUCCAUUCCACACUGUCCCUCGGGUAGGGAAAACCCCGUCUUACACAGGCAGGCAUGUAAGAUCCUUAUAUUAAACACAUUGUCUUGGCCUAAUAUAUGUCACUGUCAAUUUGAAACUAAAUUCUUGUAUAUCUCAUAUUUUCAUGCAAAUCAUAUAUAAAUACCAUCAUGGAAAUACA